GCGCCCGGCACUCCGUCCCACGAUGAGGAUGAUGAUGAUGAUGAUGGCAGAUUGGUUUCAUCUGUUGCUAGCUGCACUAGUGUUAGGGCUUUCGUCCGCGCCGGUCGAACUGCACGCGUUGGCGUCCGCCAUUGCACGGAUGUCAUGUGACUGUCCCCGUAGCAGCACCAGCAGCAGCAGCAGCAGUGUCGACAGCUUCCUACGAGCGAAUGUGUCCUCCCUGCUGACGACCGGGACGCGCAACCGAACCGGAGACGAGCUGUACGUGGGCUUCCUGGCCGGCUACGUGCACUCCAAGGUCGUCCUGGGAGCACUGCUCCUAGCGAUAGAAACCAUAAACAACGAUUCGACGCUACUGCCCGGCAAAAAGCUACGCCUCCGUGCAGUCGACAUCGGUGCCCAAAAGUCGCUCAAAGCGUUCCCGAUUAAGAAAAUGACCGAAAUGCGCGACAAUGGAAUAGUUGUAUUUAUUGGACCGGAUGAAACCUGCACCUCUGAAGCACUGGUCGCGUCCGCCUGGAACCUGCCGAUGAUAUCGUAUAAAUGUGCCGACAUUGCCGUGUCGGACAAAACGGUGUACAGCAGCUUCGCCCGCACGCUACCGCCGGCGACGAAGGUAUCGAAGAGUGUCGCCGCCCUGCUGCUGGCUAAUAAUUGGCACUGCUUCAGCAUUGUCGCCAGCAAACAUCCCGCCUGGAGCAUGGAGAUCGCGCAUGCAAUUGAGCUACAAGCCGAGUUAAACAAUCUCACCGUGAACCACUUCCGCAUCUAUUCGGACUACAUCCCGUCCAAAAUCUAUGAGCUGCAGGAGAUAGUGGACAACACUUACCGCAACACACGGGUGUACGUGUUCGUGGGCGAUCAUAUCGAAAUGGUGGACUUUGUGCGCUGCCUGCAGAACCGAAAGCUGCUCAGCACGGGGGACUACAUCGUGAUAUCGAUCGAUGACGAAAUCUACGACCCAAACAUGAAGCGCAAUAUCUAUCAAGAGUAUUCCGAUUUCUACCAAAAAUACAUCGGCAACUCGAAAGACAAACAUCAGCAGAACCGCAAGCGCUACAACUACAAGGACCAGGAGCGGCUGCAGGAAGCGUUCCAGUCGGUGCUGCGCAUAUCGCCCCUCUUUCCGAUGAACCCAAAGUAUCGCAAACUUUGCCACCAGUUCAAGCUGUACUCGCGCAAGGAUCCAUUCCGUGUGCCGUUGCCCUACAAUCGGCACAUAUUUGAUGAGAUUCAGGUUCCCAUCUACGGUGCUUACCUGUACGAUGCACUCAUCAUCUACGCCCGGGCCGCGACGGAGGUGCUCCGGGACGGUGGUGACGUCUCGGAUGGAAGAUUAAUUAUGCGCCAUAUAUUCAACCGCUCGUACCACUCGAUCCAGGGAUUCGAUGUGUACAUCGAUGCGAACGGGGACGCCGAGGGCAACUUUUCGGUCAUCGCGUUACAGAAGGACGACAAAGUGAACAACUCACUGCACAUGUCGAUGCAACCGGUGGCACUGUUUGCGUACGGCGCACGGAAUGCCACCGGUACCGGUACGACGCUGCCCGAGUUUCGCUACCUCAACCCGAACCGCCCGAUCAUGUGGCUGAAGGGACGGCCGCCGCUGGCAGAACCCGUCUGUGGCUUCUACAAUGAAAAGUGUCGCCCGAAGGCGAAGGACUGGCGGUACAUUACCGGUGCGCUGGUCGUGAUUCUCUUCAUGGCGAUAUUUACCAUCAUCCUGUUCAAACAUUAUCGCUACGAGCAGACGUUGGCCUGUCUGCUCUGGAAGGUGGACAUGAAGGAUGUGAUACUGAUAACAUCACCCGACGCACUUUACAACAACGAGCUACGAAAAAAUCUUGUAUGUCAACAAAGCAUUAUGGUCAACAGUGCGGGAGACGUUAAUAAACGGGCCUACACGACGAUUGGUCUCUAUCGUGGCAAUAUUGUCGCUAUCAAGUAUCUCCACAAGCGAACCGUCGACAUUACGCGUAACAUUCGCAAAGAACUAAAACAGAUGCGAGAAAUACGCCACGAGAAUUUGAUCACGUUCGUCGGUGCAUCGAUCGACCACGGUACGGUAAGCAUCCUGACGUCAUACUGUGCCCGCGGCAGCCUCGUCGAUGUGCUUUCGAACGAAGAUCUCAAGCUAGAUCACAUGUUCGUCUCCUCGCUGGUGAGCGAUAUCGUCAAGGGACUGAUCUACCUGCACGAUAGCGAUGUAGGAUCGCACGGGAAUUUGCGAUCGAGCAAGAUCCUAAUCGAUUCUCGCUGGGUCGCUCAGAUAGCGGACUUUGGGCUGCAUGAGUUUAAAUCCUGCCAGGAGGAACCAAGCAAGUUUGAAAAAGAGCUGCGCCGCAGUCUGUGGAAAGCGCCGGAAUUACUGCGUGAUCCUAACUGUCCACCGAAGGGUACGCAGAAGGGCGACGUGUACUCGUUCGGUAUUGUGCUGUACGAGAUCAUUGGACGGAAAGGCCCAUGGGGUGAUCUUAAUAUGAGCUGGCAAGAUAUUGUAGCUCGCGUUAUGUCACCGGAAGAGUAUGGGAUUUUCCGCCCAUCGCUGCGAGGCAUUGACGCCCCAGAGUACGUCAUACAGCUGCUCCACUCGUGCUGGGAAGAGGAUCCAGAAGAUCGACCAGACAUACGAUUGGUACGGGUGAAGUUGAAACCGAUGCAAGCCGGACUCAAACCAAACAUAUUUGAUAACAUGCUCGCGAUCAUGGAAAAGUAUGCCUACAACCUGGAGGGGAUCGUACAGGAGCGCACUAAUCAGCUGUCGGAGGAGAAAAAGAAGACGGAAUCACUGCUGCUAAGGAUGCUGCCAAAGAGUGUGGCUGAGUCGCUCAAGCGCGGUGAACGGGUCGAGGCGGAAUGUUUCGACUGUGUGACGAUUUUCUUCAGCGAUCUGGUCGGCUUCACGGAACUGUGCGCCCAAAGCACACCCUUCGAGGUGGUGGAAAUGCUGAACGAUCUCUACACCUGCUGCGACUUUAUCAUCUCCAGCUACGACGUGUACAAGGUGGAAACGAUCGGUGACGCGUACAUGGUCGUGUCGGGACUUCCGCUCCGGAACGGUGAUCGACAUGCGGGAGAGAUCGCUUCGCUGGCCUUACAUCUGUUAAAUUCCAUCUCGAACCUGGAGAUAAGGCACCGGCCGGGGGAGUUUAUUCAGAUGCGCAUUGGCAUACAUUCGGGCCAGUGUGUGGCCGGUGUUGUGGGGUUGAAGAUGCCACGGUACUGUCUGUUCGGGGAUACGGUUAAUACAGCUUCCCGGAUGGAAAGUAAUGGUGAAGCGCUGAAAAUUCACAUCUCUUCAAUUACGUACGGACUGUUGAAGAAGCUCGGGGGUUAUAAGUGUGAGGAGCGCGGCAUUAUUAAGGUGAAAGGGAAGGGUGAAAUGCGAACCUACUGGUUACUCGGCGAGGACGACCAAAAGCGGAUGGAUCGGUUCGGUUCGAACGAUGCAAUUACAAGUUUGACCAUACCGGAUCUCCUAUGUACACCGGAUCAAUCCCAAACCAACCUAAGCCGACCGUCGCUGAGGCGUAUGCUGUCCGAUGCUACCGUGCCGAUGCUACAAACAUCCCAUCAGCACAGUACCAGCGAUCAGCAGAUUCCAUCCGUCAGCUUCUUGGCGCACAAUGGACCGAAUCUGGGCUGCUACAUCUGCCACAAGCGGAAGCUGCACAUGGGCAACACACCCAUGGCCGACAGUACGCAGCGGCUCUCGAUCAUCCAUGGGAGCUACGGUAUGGACGAGGCGAUAUGCACCUGCCGGCAGAAAAAUUGUCUCCUAGAGUACUACAACGACAACCUGAUGACGGUGCGGACGAUUCGUGAGCCACGAUCGGCACCGCAGAUCACGUUCAUGCAGUGAGGCUUGGAUUGGAUAAGGAAUUUCCAUGCAGAAGAAACGGGAAAAUACGGUUUCAUUGAUAGAGAGUACGUGGAAAACACUAGUGGUUAACAAUAACAAAAAAUACGCAAACCAUUUGAUAGCUAUUUACAUGUCGAAACAGUGUCGUUGUGUACACGUCCGCCAAUUAGUGUUUUUGAUGUGUUUUGCAAAUGCAAGCAAGU